GAAAAUAGAAUUAGAAUUAAUAUAGUAAAGCAAGUGCAUCGAAAUUUUGCCCUGUUAAAUAAAUAGAACAGCUUCUACGCUGUAGGCCGUUUCUUGAAAAUGGUGUACAUUUCAAGAGACGGCACUGUGCACCAAUCCCAGCCAUGGGGUAUGGAACGCAUCAAGGGUCUCUUCAUGGGGAUCAUCAACUUCGUGCUGAUGUUCUUCCGUACGAUGCUCGAUUUCCAGGGCGGAGGAGGAGCAGCGGGUUCCAGCACAAGCCGUAGCUCGGGAAGUAACGACGGUGGCGGUCCACCGGGAAGUGGACCACGUAGACGGCCAAUCGGUCGGCCAAUGACACUCGCCGACUGCACCAUUCCUGGGGGCGGAUGAGCGCGGUAAAGUGUCAAACGCAAACUAACCUCCCCGGUUAGCGUUUGGCACCGCCAAUCUUCUCAUCUCGUGGAACCGUGCGACCUGUAGGGAUUCUCCUACGUAUGACGGGUGCAUCCUAAACCUAUGCUGCCAAACAGGCGGAUGCAUCCCGAAGAAUGGGCCGCACGGUUCGCGAAACCCUGCCCGCGUGCUGGUGGCGGGAACGUUUUUUUUUUAAUUUUUGAUUUCUUUUCAUUUCGCUUCUGCUGGCGGACUUGAGUAUCGAUGUAGGACACUUGCAAUAGGAAUCGAUUUCGUACAGCUCCUAUCAAAACUCAGCAAUUCAAUCGAGCCAACGAUCCGUUUCAGCAGAGCAUUGUUUUUGGGUCCUAAAUGCUUUAAUCUAAUCCACGGCAAAUCCUUAUUGAUCAAAAAUUGCGUUAUAUUGUGUAAAUUAUACCGUGUAAAUUGUAAUUAUACUCGUUUGGCUGGUACUACAGCGAACGAAUUACAAUCUAUCGUUAUUAAAAUCAUUUUUCUGUAAUACGACA